AUGCCUAUCCAAUGGAGCGCCCAGAUGGACCAGAGACUUCUGCUCGUCUACGUGGCAAAUUCCAAUCUGUCCGCAACGGCGGCAGCGGAAGGAUGGAAGAAAAUGCACAGUCAGUACGGUCCAAGAUCCUCCAAGGCUACACAUCAUGAUACUGACAGCCGCGAAGCCGGUCAAAACAUUCCACAGCCAACCAAGCGCGCCAUCAUGGAGCACAUCCUCAAACUGAAAAAAUCCAUCGGUCUCGUCAAAGAGCGCGACUCAAAGCGCAGCAAAGCCGGGACGCGCGCAACUCAGUUUCCAAAAUCUUCAGAUCCCUUUGAUUCUGCUGCAGGAUUGGAAAUCAAUCGAGACGACACUGAGAUGGCUUUUUCCAUCAAAGCUGAAUCUCCCACGACUUCGAAAACACAUGAGGGAACUAUACCCACCUCAUCUUCCAUAACCAUCGAGCCAGAUAACCGUAGUCUUCAAUCUGACAGCGAAGCUCCUAUGAGUGGCGAGGAGACGGCCGACGAAUUGCACCCAAACGAACCGCAGAUGAAGAAUGAAGACGAAGACGAAGAUUUCGUGAUCCCGUUGCUCGACGACUCGAUUCGUCCGACCAUGUCUCCAGAACGAACUCAAAAAUUUCGUCAAGCGAAAGCGAAACGAAAGGUGGUGUAUGAUUUUGAUAGUGAUGAUGAUGAUGAUAACAGCGACCUUCUUCGCGAGAAUAUGUCUGCGACUGUGGGACGGAGUCCUUCGCCACCGCCGGCACAUGUGGCUAGUCUUGCUGUGAGCUUGCACGGAUCGCUCGAUGGGAAUUCCACGUUGAAUUCAUUUCAGCAUGAUGAUCCUAGCGUGGAAAGGAGCCUUGAUAUGAUUCGGGAUAAGAAGAAUAAUAAUGGUAGAAGGGACAAGAAGUCUGAAGGAUCUCGAAAGAAGACGAAGAAAAAUUUGAAGCAUGUGAAGAGGUAUAUUUAUUGA